AUGAAAGGAAGAAUCCCCAUUCUCACCCACAACGCCCUGCUCAGAGUAACCAACCUUUGCUGUGCGAGUGAGCGAAGAUGUCCAUUCGCCUUUUUCGAAAAGAAGAGAAGCAUCACAACGAACAUCUCCAGCAGCAAAGAGGUUAAAAUUAAACAUGUGGGGGAGCUUAAAUUAAAAAGUUUAAAAAAAAACAAAACCGUUACGAAGGAUGACACGAACGAAGAUGUAUACAUUCUGAAUGGGAAAAUAUUAUAUGCACAAAAGAGUAAGAAAGAAAAAAAUGAUUUAAAAAUAAAAUAUGGUUUGAAGAGGGCGAAGUAUCUGGACACGACGAGAAAUUUAUUUUAUUCCAAGUUGAGCGACAGUUUGGGGGAAAGUAACUCCGUCGAGGUUCCCACUCAGGAGGUUACCCUUAGAAGUUUGGAAGGCGUAGCCGCACAUUUGGCAGGUGUGAAUAGUGAGGAGAAUGCUGCGGCUGUGCAGACUGCCGUAGCAGAGACAACCGAAGCUACUUCCAUCAGGGGUGAUACUACGAAUGGUGCAUUCCACGCAGGGGAAACGAAAUCAAGUGACUCCCCCAUGGAUAUGCUAAAUGGCGAACCGGAGAGAAGUUCGAAUUUACAAAAUGGUAACUACUGUCAUGUGAGUGCCCCCCCUAAUGGGCAGCACGCAAGUAAAAUUCUGACAAGCGAAAAUGUGAAGCAACCCUUCGCGGAAGAAGAGGAGAAAGAUAAAAAUAAAGACACGAAUGACACUUAUGAUAAAUCGAGCCGCUAUGGAAGUAACCCCAAACUUAACAAUGAUAAGGACACUUCCGCAGGUAAUACAAACCACGGAGGGGUGAACACACCCCCAGAAGGUGUUGGAUCAGAAAGUGGUAAGUUACAAAAUGAUGGAUCAGAAAGUGGCCCCCCCAAAAAUAACAACCCCCCAAAACGAGACAUUUACGAAAUUUUGCAAGAAAUUACCCAUGAACCGAGCAGGCACGAAAUGAAGGCCUUCCUAAAUUCUCUGCUAAUGCAUAAAAAUAAAAAGUGCACAAGAUUCCUGGGGAACUACAUAAGCCUAUACUUUUGCAACAUCCUCAGUGAAGAUUUAAAGGACUUAAAAUAUUCCUAUUUCGAUGGAGUAACCCUUUGUGUAAAUACUUUUUUCAGUAUGCUCAAAGAGUUGGAUGAAGAUCAGCUGUCCAAAAUGACGAACAUUUAUUUGAAGGAUUAUUUUUUAAAAAUUUUCCAAAUUUUAAAAUCGAAUAAUUUGAGUUUGCAUUUUGAAAAUUUAAAAAUAGAGAACAUGAGAUUGUUGUACAUAUAUAACAUAUUAGGGUUAACAAGGAAGGAGGGAAAAAGGACAAAAAAAGAAAAUAUAAAAAAAUUCCUCUAUCAAUAUAUUUGUGUGCAAAAUGAAGAUUUAGCUGUUUUGAAAAACACCAACAAAAUGAAGUUCCUCUCAAAUAUAAUUAAAAAUGGAGUUACCACUAGGAUGCACAUGUUGGUCAUUCUGUCAUAUGACCUGAGUGCAUACGACACGACUUCUUCCAACUGUAUUACAAAAACGCAAUUUAAAAAUAUCCACUUGGAAGUUAUCCUGGAGAAUCAGCUGGAAAAUCCUUUCUUCUCUUUGCAAUCCCCAGAUUCGAUAGACCUCAAGUCGUCUGGAUGGUCCCUCGUUGACGUGAAUCAAAUAUUGAACGGCAAUUUGCCAUACGAGUGA